AUGGGUCUCGAGCAAGGACAUGAAGAUCAUCAGCUGGCAGAGUCGGAUGCUGGACGCUCGGGAUCAGGGUUGCAGUACGAGGACGAUACGUGGCGGCCAUUGGCGCAGUCGCGCAAGGAGCUGGGCGCGGCGGUGAGGGCAGAGAAGGGCGGGGCAUGGCCAGAGCUGGGCGGCGAGGCAGUUCAAGCCCUGGACGGUGGCGGCGGUUGUUUGCGCUCGGUGGCGCCAACUGGUCUGGUGAUCGCUUCUUCCCGCGCCUCCUCUUUGCCAUUCCCCUCUCUUGCUCCUCCUCCUCCUCCUCAUCGUCUCCCCGCCGUCCUCGUCGUCCUCGCCGUCCCCGUACUCGCCCAGUAA